CCGUGUCCUAGCUCGCGCCCCCCACCCUCACCCCCGUCUUGUUUCCGGUGCCGUCACGGGACAGAGCAGUCGGUGACAGCCCCAGGGCCCCCACCCCGCUCCCAUGGCCGAGCCGGACCCCUCUGACUCUCUGGAGACCCAGGCAGGGAAGGUGCAGGAGGCUCAGGAUUCGGCCUCGGACACUGAGGGAGGAGCCAUCGGUGGAGAGGCAGAGAUGGACUUCCUGCGGAAUUUGUUCUCCCAGACUCUGGGCCUGGGCUCCCAGAAGGAGCGCCUGCUGGAUGAGCUGACCCUCGAAGGGGUGACCCGCUACAUGCAGAGCGAGCGCUGUCGCAGGGUCAUCUGUCUGGUGGGAGCCGGAAUCUCCACAUCUGCAGGUAUCCCUGAUUUCCGCUCCCCAUCCACUGGCCUCUAUGCGAACUUGGAGAAGUACCACCUUCCUUACCCGGAGGCCAUCUUUGAGAUCAGUUACUUCAAGAAACAUCCAGAACCCUUCUUUGCCCUUGCCAAGGAGCUCUACCCUGGGCAGUUCAAGCCAACCAUCUGCCACUACUUCAUCCGCCUGCUGAAGGAGAAGGGGCUGCUGCUGCGCUGCUACACGCAGAACAUAGACACGCUGGAGCGAGUGGCGGGGCUGGAGCCCCAGGACCUGGUGGAGGCCCACGGCACCUUCUACACGUCACACUGCGUCAGCCCCUCCUGCCGGAAGGAGUACUCCCUGAGCUGGAUGAAAGAGAAGAUCUUCUCAGAAGCAACUCCCAAGUGUGAGAAAUGUCAGAGUGUGGUAAAGCCUGACAUCGUGUUUUUCGGUGAGAAUCUCCCAUCGCGCUUCUUCUCCUGCAUGCAGUCAGACUUCUCCAAGGUGGACCUCCUCAUCAUCAUGGGCACCUCCCUGCAGGUGCAGCCCUUUGCCUCCCUCAUCAGCAAGGCGCCGCUCUCCACGCCACGCCUGCUCAUCAACAAGGAAAAGACAGGCCAGACGGAUCCCUUCCUUGGCAUGAUGAUGGGCUUGGGAGGUGGCAUGGAUUUCGACUCCAAGAAGGCUUACAGGGACGUGGCCUGGCUAGGUGACUGCGACCAAGGCUGCCUGGCCCUCGCUGACCUCCUGGGAUGGAAGAAGGAGCUGGAAGACCUUGUCCAGAGGGAGCACGCCAGUAUAGACGCCCAGUCAGGGCCACAGGCCCCCAACCCCGGCACCACCACCUCCCCUAAAAAGUCCCCACCUCCUGCCAAGGAGGCGUCCAGGACCAGAGAGAGGGAGGAGCACCAGUGACCACCGCCUCCCAAGAAAGACAGCGGAGUCCCAACCGGCACUGGUCCCUUAACACACAGCUUGUGUGGGCUCGGGAAUCCAUCUCUCAUAACCACGUUCUUGAGACCAGGUUCCCCAACUCAGUCCCAGAAAAUUCUAAUAGACCUGAGGGCUGAGGCCUGUGCAGCCCAUCUCUAACAGCCCACACACAGCCUCUAACCCCCCCCCCCCCCGGGGCCAGAAGCAACCUCCCCUAACCUCUAAUUGCUCCCGGAGAUCAGGUUACCCCCAAACUCCUAACUGUGCCAGAAGGCAUUUCUCUAUUCUCAGAGGGCCUGUGGCUAAGUCAAACUAACCUACCCUUCAAAGGAGCUGGACCCACCAAGUAGAACUUCCCCGAGGGGUGGGGCCUGUGCGAUCUCUAAGCCUGAAGCCCCCCAACUCUGCCUCCAACAAAGUAGGUGCUGGUCUUCCUUUCCUGGGGACCCACUUGCCAGCCAGUGGGGGAUGAGCAGGAGACCUGUGUACUGGAAACAAAUUAAAGACGAAAACAAAGCAA